UUCUGUAUUUCAUCAGGUUUGAGUGCAGUAAUAAUGAGACACAACAAAUAUCUGCAGUGAGAUUUCUGCUGAGGAUCUGUGUUACAGCUGUAAAUAAUGACAUCAAUACAGGAACAAAUUUCAUUACUCAGCUGUCAUCUGUGUGCAGUUACAAAACCUUCCCUUAUCAUGAGAAAUAUUAUGAAGAUGAUGAUUACAUUAAAAUGGACCAGAGUGAUUUCCUGCUGGAUCUUUACUCACAUGUGAAGGACUAUGAGAGUCAAACAGGCAGGAGUUUACUUCCAGCAUUGCAGUCAGUUUAUCAGUCACCUGAUGUCUGGUUCAUAAAUCUCUCAGAGAGAAAGACCUCCAUCCUCCUGGAAGUGCUGAAGCUUCAAACAGAGAAGAAACCAGUAAAGCUGAGAGACUGCACAGAUGAAGAGAGUCAAGUGAUGAGUUUACUUCACUGUCUGCCAUACAUCUCACAACUGAGGUUUGACUACAGUUAUAAUGAGACACAACAAAUAUCUACAGUGAGGUUUCUGCUGAGGAUCUGUGAUACAGCUGUAAAUAAUGACAUCAAUACAAGAACAAAUUUCAUUACUCAGCUGUCAUCUGUGUGGAGUUACAAAUCCUUCCCUUAUAAUGCGAGGAAUUAUGACUAUGGUGAUUACAUUAAAAUGAAGCAGAGUGAUUUUCUGCUGGAUCUUUGCUCACAUGUGAAGGACUAUGAGAGUCAAACAGGCAGGAGUUUACUUCCAGCAUUACAGUCAGUUUAUCAGUCAGCAGCACCUGAUGUCUGGAUCAUAAAUCUCUCAAAGAGAAAGACCUCCAUCCUCCUGGAAGUGCUGAAGCUUCAAACAGAGAAGAAACCAGUAAAGCUGAUAGACUGCACAGAUGAAGAGAGUCAAGUGAUGAGUUUACUUCACUGUCUGCCAUACAUCUCACAACUGAGGUUUGAGUACAGUUAUGAUGAGACACAACGAAUGUCUACAGUGAAGUUUCUGCUGAGGAUCUGUGUUACAGCUGUAAAUAAUGACAUCAAUACAGGAACAAAUUUCAUUACUCAGCUGUCAUCUGUGUGCAGUUACAAAACCUUCCCUUAUCAUGAGAAAUAUUAUCAGUCUGAAAUAGGACAGAGUGAUUUUCUGCUGGAUCUUUGCUCACAUGUGAAGGACUAUGAGAGUCAAACAGGCAGGAGUUUACUUCCAGCAUUACAGUCAGUUUAUAUACAGUCAGCACCUGAUGUCUGGAUCAUAAAUCUCUCAGAGAGAAAGACCUCCAUCCUCCUGGAAGUGCUGAAGCUCCAAACAGAGAAGAAACCAGUAGAGCUGAUAGACUGCACAGAUGAAGAGAGUCAAGUGAUGAGUUUACUUCACUGUCUGCCAUACAUCUCACAACUGAGAAUAAAUGUUUUUCCCACACACGUUGCAGCCACAUUUAUGCUAAAUCUCUUCAUUAAAGCAGCAGAAACUGAGAGACAUACAGGUACAGGAGAUCAGAUGCUGAAACUGUUGACAUCAGUCUGCACAUACAGAUCUUUUCCUUAUGAAAAUAUUGACAGCUCUUACCAGAGUGAUUUUCUGCUGGAUCUUUACUCACAUGUGAAGGACUAUGAGAGUCAAACAGGCAUGAGUUUACUUCCAGCAUUACAGUCAGUUUAUCAGUCACGUGAUGUCUGGAUCAUAAAUCUCUCAGAGAGAAAGACCUCCAUCCUCCUGGAAGUGCUGAAGCUUCAAACAGAGAAGAAACCAGUAGAGCUGAGAUACUGCACAGAUGAAGAGAGUCAAGUGAUGAGUUUACUUCACUGUCUGCCAUACAUCUCACAACUGAGAUUGAAUCAUUAUUAUAUCAGUGAUGCUGUAGCAUUUGUGUCAAAACUCUUCAUUAAAGCAGCAAAGACUGAAAGAGACACAGGAGAUCAGAUGCUGAAACUGUUGACAUCAGUCUGCACAUACAGAUCUUUUCCUUAUGAACGGAUUAAUGAUGAUGCUCAGAGUGAUUUUCUGCUGGAUCUUUACUCACAUGUGAAGGACUAUGAGAGUCAAACAGGCAGGAGUUUACUUCCAGCAUUACAGUCAGUUUAA